AUGAAUAAAAAUUCUACGAGUGAUGAUGCUAUCUCAGUUGAGAAUUCACCUGCUGCACAACAUCCUCAUGUUGACAAUGAGCAACGUGAAAACUCAGCGCAAAAUGAAUUUAAUUCAGCAACAUGUGCCACUGCUACUAAUACAACAAAGAAGUCAUCAAUGACUCCGACACCUUUAGAAUUUUCGCCUUGGUCGCGACAUCGAUCUUCAAUUGCUGCAGGUGCAUUUGCUGUAUUCACAAUUAUAGCAAUGAGUAUUGGUAUAUUGACUGUUUGUUUCACUUCACCAAAAGCUACUGUUCAAAAAUGUGAGCUCAAAUUCAAACCAACCGCUCAAAAACCAGUUGAAUACAAGUAUGGCCCACGAUCUGUUGCUGCUGGUGAUUUCGACAAUGACACAUGUUUGGAUAUGGUUAUUGCUCAUCAUAUAGCUAACACGAUAACUGUUUAUCUUGGAUAUGGUAAUGGCACUUUUAAAAGUCCAAUUCCAUAUUCAACUGGUUCCUACUCAAGUCCUUACAUGGUCACAGUUGGUUAUUUCAACAAUGAUUCUUACUUGGAUAUUGCAGUAGCAAAUUUUGGCACUAAUAAUAUCGUUAUCUUUCAUGGAUUUGGCGAUGGGUCUUUCGCAAAUCAAACAGAACUUUCAACAGGCUCCUCUCGUCCAAUAGCGAUUAUCGGUGCUCAUUUCAACAAUGACACACUACUUGAUAUUGCCAUAGCCAAUUACGGAAACCACAGUAUCAGUAUACUCUAUCAAUAUGGAAGUGGAAGUUUUUCGCUUCCAAUUACAUAUCCGACAGGUUACGAUUCUUUUCCGUCCUCAAUAGCUGCUGGAGAUUUCAAUAAUGACAACUAUUUAGAUCUCGCCAUUGCCAAUUAUGGCACUAACAAUAUUGUGAUACUUUUUGGUAAUAGUAACAGUACUUUUGCAAAGCAAAUUACCAUCUCAACUGGCAUUGAUUCUCAACCAUACUCCAUUGCCGUUGGUGAUUUCAAUGCAGACAACUUUCUCGAUAUCGCUAUCGCUAAUUCUGGAAGUCAUGAAGUAGGUGUGCUCCUAAAUAAUGGUAAUGAAACUUUCGCUAAUCAAGUCAACUAUUCCAUCAAUUCUGCUUCUCCAAUUGCCAUUUCGGUAGGAGACUUCAAUCAAGAUAAUCGACUGGACAUAAUCACCACGAAUAAAGGCGCUGACAAUAUAGCCAUACUUCUUGGAUAUGGGAACGGCAAAUUUGCAAAUUCAAUUAUGUAUCCAACCGGAUCUUCUUCUUCGAUUUCAGUUGCCGUAGGUAAUUUCAACAAGGACUACCGAUUAGAUAUUGUCGUUGUAAACAAUGAUACUGGUGCCAUUGAUAUUCUUGUUGGACGUUACGAAGGCUUUCAAAAUCAAAUAAGAUAUUCAGCUGGCUCUAAACCAUCAUCUGUAGCUAUUGGUGAUGUUAACACCGACACUCGACUAGAUAUCGUUGUCGCCAAUCGGGGUAGCAAUGAUGUGAGUGUCCUUCUUGGAUAUGGAAACGGUUCUUUUGAAAAUCAAACAAGGUAUUCAGUUGGCUCUUAUCCAACAUCUGUAGCUAUUGGUGAUGUCAACAACGACACUCGACUAGAUAUCGUUGUCGCCAAUUCGGGUAGCAAUGAUGUGAGUGUCUUUCUUGGAUAUGGAAACGGUUCUUUUGAAAAUCAAACAAGGUAUUCAGUUGGCUCUUAUCCACAAUCUGUAUCUAUUGUUGAUGUCAACAAUGACACUCGACUAGAUAUCGUUGUCGCCAAUUGGGAGAGCAAUGAUAAUCAUAGUUGA